AUGGGCUCCUCAAAGUCCCCCGCCCCGCUGGUCGAAAAGACAGACAUGGCCUGUGAUACCAGCACAGGUUGGUCUAUGCAACACUCAGCCGACAUGAUGCCCAAUAACGGCCAGCAGUUUGGCGCCAUGCCCAUGGACUUCGAAUUCAGCGUGACUGCCCAGAGCUUUGGGUCUUUGCCUGAACACUCCAUGCUCGAAGAUGGAUUGGCCGGCUAUGAGUACAGCAACAUGGCCAACAUGAACGGCAGCGACAUGGUAUCCAUCAAUCACUUCAACGGUGAUUUCGAAGAGACCAUGAAUGCAAAGACACCCGGCUACCACGGCUUCGAUACCAACACUGCUGAUUACCACUCGUCUGCCAUCCACAACUCUUCUCCUACUCAGACCGACCACACCCACCAACCCUACGGCGCACACACUCCCUUCGACCCUUCUAUCAACACCUACGAUGCCAAGACUCCUUACGUCGCUCCCAACCCUUAUACCUCGUCACCUCACCACUCAUCUACUGGCUAUGCUGGAGGAAUCCCUGACCUCGACUUGGAUCAAAACGUCGCUCAGCCAUCUGAGGACUUCUUCCCCGAGCCAGGACCCGCCAGGAAGACGCCUACUCCUCGCAAGGCUAAGACAAAGGCAAAGGCAGCUAUUGCUGGCGACGCAGAAGAUACUGACGAAGGCCGCUCGCUGCUUUCCGCGCGUGGUAAGGGCAGAGGCGAGGGCAAGGGCAAGGCGAAGGCGGCUGUGGUUGGCGACGAAGAAGAAGAGGAAAUUGAUGAGGAUGGAGAGAGCCCUGCUACAGGCUCAUCGACCAAGGCCAAGGGCCGCAAGAGAGCUGCUGCCCCUCCCACACCGAAAUCCAGCACACCCUCCAGAAAAAAGUCGACCAAGAAGGCUACAUCCGAUCCCCUGAACACUAUGGGUCAUCAGCGCCUUCGCAAGGCACCCAAGAAUGGCAUUGCCCAAUUCAAGCCCAUCCCCAGUUCCUUUGAGGAGUGCGACAUCGCCGACCAGACCCUGAUCACCAUGCGCGAUGCCCGCUACGCUGAACUCGAGGGUAUCAAGCACGGUAGCAGCACUAUCCCCAACCGCUACGAACGCCUCAAGACAGCCUUCGUCAACAUGGUUCCCGAAGACAACCUUCGCCUCUUCAACAUCAAAGCCAAACUCGAAGACAACUUCAACAAGAGGAAGUGGGCCUUGAUCGCCGCCGAAAUCACCAAGGAUGGUGGCGCCAAGUACGACCCUGAUGACUUGAGACGUCGCUUCAAGCAGCUCAUGGAGAAGAGCGGCUUCGCUGUUGAAGACGGCCUGGCCAAGAAAGACGUCGACUUCAACAUCAACGCUGACGACAAUGACGAAGAAGACGAGGGCGAAUCUCCUGGGCUCACCCGCAAGCAGCCACAGAUCACCUGGACCGGCGACGACGAUGACGAGGACGAUACUCUGGGAGGAGCCGAGCAGGAGGACUACGAGGAUACUUCAUACCUCCAGCACAAUCGCCGUGACUCGCGCGAGUCCGCUCGCAUGGACGUCGACGACGAUGAGUAUGAGGGUGGGGAUUCGCUCGCCUACUAA